AUGAAGCUCAUUGAGACGGCAAUCUUUGAAGCCAUGAAACUCGGCUACCGUCACUUUGAUACCGCGAGUCUCUAUCAAUCUGAGCAUCCUCUUGGCCAAGCUAUUUCUCGAGCUAUUCGAAGCGGUAUCUUAUCAAACUGUGAUGAGCUCUUCAUCACCACCAAACUUGCCGCUGCCGAUACUUACCCCGGUGCAGUAGUGCCAGCACUUCGCAAAUCUCUCAGUGAGCUUGGCAUCAAAUAUGUUGAUCUUUAUUUAAUUCAUGCUCCAGUGAGAGUGAAAGGGGAGAAGAGGUAUGUGUUCACCAAGGAAGAUGUGAUGCCAUUUGAUUCAAAAGGUACUUGGGAGGGAAUGGAACAGUGUUAUGAGCUUGGCUUGGCAAAAUCCAUUGGAGUUUGUAACUUCCCAAUUGAUAAGCUCAAGUUUCUUCUUUCUCAUGCUAAGAUUCCUCCUUCGGUCAAUCAGGUGGAAAUGCAUCCUCUUUGGCAACAAAAUGAAUUGAUAGAUUUUUGUCGAAAAAACUGUAUUCAUGUUGGUGCUUAUUCUCCGCUUGGUGGUACCGGAAGUUUUUGGGGAAAUCGUGGAGUACUGCAUUUGAAAGAGAUUGAGGAGAUUGCUCGAAUUUGCUUGAGAUGGGCAUUGGAGCGAGGGGUGAGUGUAUUACCGAAGAGUUUCAACAAAGAGAGAUUAAAAGAGAACAAAGACAUAUUUGGGUGGAGGUUAAGUGAAGAUGAGGUGCAAAUUAUUAGUUUAAUUCCACAAUUAGUGGGAGAUGAUGCUUCACAUGGCUUGGCUAGGCCAAUUAAUCAAGAUAUAAAUGUUUAA